AUGGCAGUCUUACGCAGUAUUCUUGGCAGUAUAGCAGUACCAAAUGAUGAUAAACUAGCCUGGUAUAAAUUUAAAAGAGUUCAAAAGACUACACCAUAUGAUGUUGUAAUCGGUAUAAAUAGUCUUAUGGCACUAGGAACAAUCGGUUGGGACAUUAAACUUAGUGAAAAAGCAAUAACUGUUCAACGAGAAACUUCAACACCUGAAAAUAAUCGGGGCUUAAUUGUUGCCGUUCUUGGUUUAUACAAUCGUGGUAGAUCAUUUUUACUUAAUCAAUUUAGUAAAAUUCAAUUGCCUAAUAGUCAAUUAAUACAUACGGAAGGACUAUCUAUAACAGCAGGAGGAAAAGAUUAUCCAAAUAUUAUUUUCGUAAAUACUACUAGCACUGAUACAGCCAUACCAAAGGAUAAACUUGAUGAUAAAAAGGCUACGGAUGCUCUUUUAAGAGAAAUUGCUCUCCAUUUAUGUUCACAUAUCAUUAUUGUUGUCAAUCGUUUACAUGCAACUGAUCAAAUAUAUAUUCAACAAAUAUUAAAGCAACCUAAAACGUCAAAUUCUAACAAAUCUGUUAUUAUUGUUCAUAAUUUAAUGGAUGUUGAAAGUGUUAAAGAAGUAGAAUAUAUAAUAAACACAGAAGUUCAAGGCAUUAUGGAGGCUGAACGUGAGAUAAUGGAAUAUCGAAUGAAUAAUGAAACUCACAAAGUCGAAUUUUUCCACUCAAAACAUAAUAAUAUCAAACUUCGUCAUUUUAUUUUGGCUAAAACUGGUUCUAAAGCAGCGAAACAAUGGAAUACACAAUCUAUUAGCGGUAUAUUGAAUAUUUUACACAUAGCUACAGAAUAUAGACAAAAUCUUGAUAUUAUUAAUGAAAUGAUAAAUUUUGUUAACAGUAAACUAUCUCAGUUAUUAAUCGUUAAUGAUCAGAAUGAAGAUAGUUCAUCUGAAAUUAAACAACAGAAGUUGAAGGUGCGAAUGCAUGCUAAUAAACCGAAUAUUGUGCUUUCACAACGAAAAGAUUUAGAAGAUCUUACCAUAAAUCCUGUUCAAUUAAUUCUGUCGUCAAAACUUGUUUAUGAUGAUGGAGGCUAUUUUAUACGCAUCGAUUCAAUAAAUAAUGGACAAUGGCAACCUCUUUAUAAUCUUUACGAAACCGAUGAAAAUAUUCAUGUUAUCAUUGAACUUGCUGGAUUUAAAGAGGGUGAAGUUAUUAUUGAAGUAGCUGACGAUGAAAUCCAUAUUGAAGGUCGUCGAGAUGAUUUUAAAAAAUUAUUAAAUAAUCCUAUCGUUUAUCAAACAAAAAUCCCUAUGGGUUUAUUUAAUUUGAGUAUUGCUUUGAAUUCUAUGAUUGUACCUAAAAAAGUAACAUUGGAACGUGAUGAUGGUUUAUAUAAGAUAACAUGCCCAAAAAAAGAAAGUUAA